AAUAGAUUGCAGAACAGAGCAUGACCUAAAAUUAAAAAAAAAAAAACAGAGCAUUCAGACUGUAACCAACCCCUCUCUUCCCUAAAUUCACGACCAUUAUAUAUCACCAUUACCCUUAUUUCUUCCUCCCCACUACACAAUUUCUCUUUCUCUCUCAGCCUAUAUAUAUAUAUAUGUAUAUGUAUGGAUCAUAAUAUGGCUGUAAAACACAUGUCUUAUGGGGCAGUGAACAUGUUCAGAACAGAAACAGGGUACACAGAUAUAGAAAAAAGACAGCUUUUCUUGAGAAGCUAUCAAUUCAGCAGGAAGAAGAGUGUGAGUGAAAGGAUUAAGAAAUCUUUCUUUAGAGUCAAAAGGGUGAUAUGGGUAAAGCUUAGAUCAGCAAGAAAAAUCAAGAAAUUGGUUUGGUUGAGGCUCAAAUAUGGUAUAUUUGGGUAUAGAAGACGAAGGUUUUUUCGUCGAAUUCAAAAUUCAACUUACUAUAAUACUAGUACUACUGGAUGGUCAUCUUCUUGUUUCUGGUAGGAUUAUCAACUUUUGUUAAUUAAGUUAUUUUAAUUUAGGAUUUAAUUAUGUAAUUGGGUUGUGUUUUUAUUAACUCUACUAUGAACAUGCCCAAAUCUUGAACUUAUUUCUUUAGUUACUUUUAACGUAUGUAUACAUAUUUUUUAGUAUAUGAUUAACAACUUCAUCAGUU